UGCAGGGCAAUUAAACGGUGCGUGUGCGCGUGUCCUCGAGCUCGAGCAGUGGUCAGACGGCUGCCACACCCUUUUAGAGUAAGGCACAACAAAGGCACACACACAUCAGAGCCAUCAGUCCUGGUAAGAUAAAGAAGUUGAGGGUCAGUCAAACGAAUCUGGUUGUAUUCAGAGGAGCUCGAGGCGUAUCUGAUGGUGAGCCUAAUAUUGUAAUUACACUGAGAUUGGUUCUUGCUUCUAGAUGAGAGGUUAUCUCCCAAACCGCCCACAUUUACGCACACAUGCGCAGGCAGUGUUUGCUGCGCGCGCGCACACACACACACACAUACAUACACACGCGCUCAUGCGCUUUCCGAAAUCUACCCCUUUGUCUCGGUCGCCUCACGGCGGUAGCCCCGACACCGGAAUUCAGCAAGGAAAGGAAGAGAGAAGUGUGUAUGUGUUGACCAGACUGUCUCCUCCCCCACCAUAAAGCGCACACACCACACUCUCUCUCCUCCCCUGUUCACCCCCUCCUCCUCCACAGCCCUGUUCGGCCCCCAUGCCUUUGUGUGUGUGUGUGUGUGUGUGUGUGCGCUCUAUGUGAAGCUGACUGCGUACCCGAAAACCGUGAGACGGAUGCCUUGCAUAAAAAAAUAAGCUUUUUUGGAAUUUCAUAUUCAUCCGGGUUACACAUUCAGUGGAAAUAAGGAAAAACCUGCAGGUGUGAGAAAAGGGGAGGAACCGGCUGGACGCACGUGAAGCUCUCACUUAUCCAAAGCCAGGAAACAGAAAGGAGAGGAACGCAAGUGCCGCAAAUUGGACUUUCCACCAUCAGCAGCCCUCCUCUCUCUCCUCUUCUGUCUCUCGCCAUCCCUGCUCCUCCUCUGUAGGUCUCCCCACUUACUCCCAUCCAACCUAAUUCUCCCAGUCUGCUUCGCUGGUCCCAGAAUAGCCUCAUACCGGAGCGCUUUCUUCAACAGUAGCGGGGGGCGGGUUGGAAUUUCGGGGUGACUCGGGAGACGCCGGAGAUGGAUUAAAAGGGAGUCUGCAUCGCAAAACUGGAGCAGCACGCGCGACCACGCCGGGGGGGAAGGGGGCGACGGGAUUCUGUGAAUUCACGGAGCCCCCGGGACAGAGGCUGUGACUGGUCCCAACCCAAGAUGACAUCCCCAAAAAACAAAACCAAGAAGAAACCACCCAAAGACAGCAUGACGUUGCUGCCUUGCUUUUAUUUUGUAGAGCUCCCCAUCGUUUUGUCCUCUUUGGUGUCCCUGUACUUCCUGGAGCUGACAGAUGUGUUGUCCCCCGCAAUGGUGGGCUUCCGUUGCAAUGACCGUGACCUCUCCAUGCCCUACGUGGAGACGGGUGAUGAGCUCAUCCCUCUGCUGAUGCUGCUGAGUUUGGCCUUCGCUGGCCCUGCAGCAUCUAUCAUGUUGGGGGAGGGCCUGAUGUACUGCAUGCAAUCCAAACUGAAGACAUGUCCCAAGUCAGAGAGCAGCAUCAACGCUGGAGGCUGCAGCUUCAACUCCUUCCUACGCAGAACCGUGCGCUUCGUCGGUGUUCAUGUGUUUGGUCUCCUGGCAACAGCCCUAGUGACAGAUGUCAUCCAGUUAGCUACUGGUUACCACGCCCCUUUCUUCCUCACCGUCUGCCAGCCCAAUUACACGGCCCCGGGUGUGUCAUGUGACAACAACGCCUACAUCACACGGGACAUCUGCAUGGGGAAAGACCAGUAUGCCAUCAUGUCUGCUAGGAAAACCUUUCCAUCCCAGCAUGCAACGCUCUCUGGCUUCGCUGCUGUCUAUAUCUCCAUGUAUUUCAAUGCCAGCAUCAGCAGCACGACCAAGCUGCUGAAGCCGUUGUUGGUGUUUGCUUUCUGCAUGGCGGCGGGCCUCGCCGGGCUGACGCAGAUAACUCAGCACCGCAGUCACCCAAUAGACGUUUACGUGGGAUACCUCAUAGGAGCCGGCAUUGGCGUCUACCUGGCCGUGUACGCAGUGGGAAACUUCAAAGCAUCAGAAGAAGAUGCCCACUCUGUACAGAGACUGACCCCAGCUCAGCAGAAGGAUGGCCUGAGGGUGUUGAGUCAGCGGAGUCAUGACUCCCUGUACAGGAAGGCUCCCAGGGUGUCUGAGAGCAGAGAGGAGCUCGGAGCCGGGUUGGGUUCGGGGGCUCGCAGCAAGGUGAGGAGGGAGAAGGCAUCCCUGGCCUCCCUCAAACGAGCAAGUGCUGAUGUGGAGCUCCUGGCAACUCGGGGCCCCAUGGGCAAGGAAACCAUGGUGACCUUCAGCAACACCUUGCCCCGAGUCGCAAACGGAAACAGCCCCAUCUCCCCCUCGGAUGAGCCGGCCACCACGCAACGUCACAUGACCUUCCACGUGCCCUUUGACCCCCAGAGGUCUCGGCAGCUGGUGUCAGAGUGGAAGCAGCGCUCGCUGGAGCUCCGCAGCCAGAGCUCACGAGACGAAGAGGAGGAAACGGACAGGAGGGACGGAGAUGAGGGAGGAGCAGCAGAGGGAGGAGACCAUGAGACGCCUUCGUCUCUUUAUCCCACAGUGCAAGCUAACAAGGGCACUGCCACACCGGCUGCAGCCAGGAUGGUGGUGGCACCCCCACUUGUUCACAUCCCCGAGGAGGCCUCUCGGCCGCCUCCCGUUUCUCCCAAGAGUGCCAAGACUCGCGCCAAGUGGCUGUCGCUCACCGAGGGAGGAGGAGUGAAAGAGCCGGGAAAAGGUCCCAUUGAGGUGUCGACCCCCCGCGUGCCCAACACGCAGCCCAACCAGCCGCCCAGCCAGCAUAGAGUCACUCAGGUGAUAGCCAUGUCUAAGCAGCAGGGCCAUGGACCCGUCACUUCAUCCACUAAGACAUCAGAAGGCGGUUCUUCCUCCGGCGGUGGGUCCAACUGCUCUGAGUCGCCUUACUACCGGAUCCCAUCUGAUCGAGACAGCUGCACUGGGAGCAAUCCAGGGAGCAUCGCAGGAAGUGGGAGCAUCGUCACAAUCGACGCUCAUGCCCCUCACCACCCGGUGGUGCGUGUGUCUGCCAGUAACGGCAAGCCGUGGGAGUGGAGGAACACCAUCAGUGGUAACAUGAUGACCGCCGACGCUUCAGGGGAAAAACACCGCGCUGCUCUGCACAGACAGGACAAUGUCAGUCAGUACCGGGAUUACCGGACGCUCCCAGUGAAAACGGACUCGCUCUGCUCCUCCUCGGCCAGUGGCAGUGCUGAAGGAGCAGAGCUGCCUCCCCCACCUCUCCCCACCUCCUCAUCCCCUCUGCCUCCCCCUCCUCAGCUGUCAUCAUCCCCUCUACCGCCACCGCCGCCUCACUCCUCUUCUUCCCCAAUGCCUCCCCCUCCACAACCCAGUUCCUCACCAAUGCCUCCGCCGCUCCCUCCCCCUGUCUCCACUCACAUGCCUCCCCCACCUCACCUGUCCUCUCAGAUGUCCCCACCACCCCUCCCAUCAUCCUCUCACAUGCCCCCACCUCCACACCCAUCCUCCUGUCACAUGCCCCCACCGCCACACCCAUCCUCCUGUCACAUGCCCCCACCUCCACACCCAUCCUCUUCACCUUUGCCACCGCCACCUCACCCCUCAACCUCCAUGCCUCUGCCUCCUCACCCGUCCUGCUCCAGCAUGCUCCCCCCUCCUCCCCAUCCUGACUUACUGAUGGACAGCCACAGUCAGGUUCUGUCCCACUCCUCCACCCUGCCUCGUCGGCCCUCUGUAUCCGCUCGCAGCCAUGCCGAGCAGGAGCAUUACUACAAGGCCAUGCAGAAUGAGAGGAUGUUAUAGUAAAGGGGAACGACAGCUGAUAUCAUUGUCAUACCAGUGAUUGUAUUUCAGAAGACUCAGCUGAAAAAGACAAAGCAGGUUGUGACAGGUGAAUAGGAGAUUUAUGAAAAAUUCUAAAAAGAUAAGCAGUUUCAGUCAAAAUGCUGGAAACAAAGAGUCAGUAGGGGUGGAGGAACACUGGGAGGUCUGGCAGCUCACACACACUCAACAGGGGAUCUGGUUUUUCCCUCACAUGUAACUGGCUACAGUGUCGGCUAAAGAGCCCUGACUGAGAAAAGAACAGACAAGGGAAGAAAGGGGAGUUAAAGAGAGCCGGGUGAAGAAUUAAAAACCCUGAGUUUAGCUCUGGUUUCAGCAAGCACAUCCUCCCUGUUUCUUUAUGAUGCAUUCAAGGAAGGAGGAAUGGAAGAGGCUGCAGCUGAAAGAGAUAUCACAAUGAACGGUCUGGGAUUUGUUAAGUCAAGCUUCCCUUGAGAGGGUGGAUAAGACUGAGAAAACAAAACAACUACAGGCAAUACUAGCUCUCCUUAAACUAGCGCAGCUGUUUGAAGUUGCCAGCCAUUACAUACAGAGACUUUGCCAUUGUAACACUCGUGCUUGAAAGUACCCAAAAGCUAUGAAUAAAAAAAAAGAAGGCAGUAAGUUCAACUACACCUUCAAGAGUAUUAGCUACACCCCACAAAAGCCUGAGAGUCAUUUUACCCCCUCUGAAUAAACAAACAAAAUGGGGAAUUUUAUGCUUGAUGCCAAGCAAAUCUGUCAGCAUCCACCAGAGACAGUCGGCUUAUGGUCCGUUUCUUCUGGAUGUGGUUUGAGAAGGAGGAGGAGGAGGAGGCGUGGGCAUAAGGAAGAUCGGUCGGGCACCACAUACGGACGUCACUGAAUGGAUUACUGGUGUAAACAUGAGAGGCGGUGGAAUGAAAAGACAAUUGUUCCUAAAGUGAAGAGGAUGGCUGGGCAACACAGCCACAGCGAGUCAGGCAGCCAGUCUGUCUUUGCAAAAACCUGCCGCGGAGCCUGAAGCAGCACUAAGGAGAUUAACGUUUGUUUAUCAAACCGUCUUAGACACUCUUCCCUCCGCAGCACUUCACAUUUGGGCCUCUGGCAAAACACAUUGGGGACGGGAAUGUUAGCACAAAGCUGCCCAGCCAGCAGCGCAGCCCGCCAUCUUGACCAACAUGCGCCUUGGCUCAAGCAGGUGCUGGUUGGAUGAGGCUAACUGGCCUGUGUUGCUAGCAGUCUCUUUAUACCUGUUGGCAUUUUAAAAGUUUUGGUACCACUUUCUAACUAUGCUUACUUUGUAUUGGGUUUUAUAAGUUGUUACUUUACUAAAUACCACUUAUUUAUGCUUAAUAUAUCAGUGAUAAGCCAUGUUUAAGAGCACCUUUUGUGUUGCCACCUUGUAAAACAUUUUUCAUUUAACAUUUUAGGAGGAGCUCUGUAGGAGGACUAAAUAAUGUUUACAGUAUUAACAAUCCUCAGUAAUCCAUCUUUCCAUCUAUCCAUUAUCUUCUAAGUGUUUAUGCCCUGCAGGGUCACAAGAGAUCGCCAGUCUAUCAAAGAGCUGUCUAGCACGCCUUGAAGUAUGCCUUAUUAGAAAGUGAUACCAAAAUUUUUUGCCAACCAACACCAUGAGAGCCUCGCAAAACUUUUAAAAAACGAUAACAGAAGAACCUCAGCUCGCGGUCCACUUGGCUCUCUAGCGCUACAGCCUUUGAGCUGCAUCACGCAGUCCUCAUCAUAAGAUGUCGUUCGCUCAGCUGCCGCGGGACUGUUGACAUUCACACAAAUUAUGGGCAAACUACGUCUGCCGAUGAAGGCCAAGUGAGCUGUUACACCUGCAGUGAGAUGAGGUUUGUCACUUGUAAUUUCGAGAAUGAGCUGCAUUUAGCUUUUGAAAUUUUUAGAUGAAACCAUAAAUGAUUAAUCUUAGAUGUAAUUAUUAAUCGAUAAUGAAAAUAAUCAGUCGUUGCAGCCCCAACAAACAUUUGAAUUUGACAUCUCCGAGCUGAGAGGCAGAGUGUGUUCAUCCUGCUCACCUCUGCCUCUGCCUGUAUUUAUGCUAUGUUGUAUAAAGUUGUUAACUGUUAUCUAUCAUUUCAUACAGCCAAGUUUUUUUUCUAUCAGAAGGUAUAAACAAGUGCUUUAUUUUAGAUGACUCUUUGAUCACCCUGUGAAGAAAGAUACAGACUCACAAACACAUAGAUGAAAAAUUUAUUCAGUGCACCGCAACAUCUGAAGGGUGCUUGAACUAGAUUUUGUGAAGUUGUUCAAGACAGGGGCGGAUUAAAUGGAACAAGUUGUAUUUCGUAGUGGAGCUGGUAGAUGAUUUUGCUCGUCGGUUUGUGCUGCAUGCGUAUACGAGCGUGUUUUUUUUUUUUGUCUUUACUUUGACAGACAGACGUACAGCAUUCUUGAGCGCUGGUGUUCAUCGUACUUCUUUGCCCCAUUCUGACUGUAAAAAGACUUGAUAUUACCUAAUAUUAUUAAUACUAUUCUUAUUAUUCCAUAGUCCUCUUUUAUGGGCUGAUGUUUUCUAUCUGUGGUGAUGUGUGUUAUUAAAAACCUGAUUGAAUAAAAAAAAAACAAAAAAGAAGACUUAUUAA